GACUGACAGCAAACUGACAGACAACUUUCCCGGCGUGGUCGCGCGCCUUAAUUAUUUAUCAAUUUUCUUAGAUUUUGUAAGGAUUUUUUCAAUUGUUCCGCAACAUGGAGCUCACACUGAAGUCCAGUGUCUCAUUUGUAAAUCGUCUUCAGGAAGAACAAAGUUCAGAAAGCAAUGAACAAGAAGAUAAUUUGACCGGCAUCUGCAGGAAUGGGAGGCUCUGCUGGAAAGCCCAAGGCCCCAUCCUGGAAGUUACUGCCGUGGGAACGGGAGCCAAAGUCUCAGGUUACAAUUUCCAGCAUACGUUGAGGUCGCUAACCUUGAGUAUCACAUGUGUGGCGGAAGUGGAUGUUCCGGAAAUCCAAACAGCAGUUUUGGCCGUUGGUUUUGAGACAUCUGCCUUCGAUGGGGUGAUCUGCUUGUACUCUGUCCAAGGAUCACGCCCGCUGCAAUUCAUUAGCAUCAAUGAUGGCAUUGCCAGCUGUACACAGGUCCAAGUGGGGUAUUUUAGCAAUAUUCUGGGUGCUUACGAUGGAUGCCUGGCCGUGGGAACGUCAUCGGGGAAGUUGGCUCUUGUAAAUCUCAAUUUUCUUGGCUUCCGCACGAGUAUGUUUGCCCUCAAUCAGCACAUCUUGAGCCACGUAGAGCCACUUCCGUGUACAAUUAUGGACGCAGAAGCACCCCUGGAGAGUAUGCAGAGAGCUCUCAAUCACGCCAUGCGAGGAAAGACAUUUUUUGGCGUAGAAAUCUCUGUGGAUGAUUCAUCGGCAAUUAUCUCACUUUUGGAUCUUCCGGACGUUGCAAUGUUGGCCACAGGAUGUGCCGAUGGGUCUCUUGUGUUGUACAACCUGCAGAAAUUGGAGGGAAUCCACAAAGCCUACCCGCCAAAGAGCAAUUGUCCGCUAAUGAAGCUGGCCUUUAUGGAGCCUGCUGACGAUCCUCGUGGUCAUGUCUACAUUUGGGCUCUACACUCCUGGUCCAAACUUCCCAUUGCUGUGAUGCACUCCGUUACAAUUGGUGAGGAUGUUGAUGAACGGAAUUCAACAGUUCUGAAGUAUUUCAAAUCCAGCCGACCCUGCCUAACUAUGCCAAACUACAGUGAAAACCUUCAUCCGCUUGAUUGUCAGACUUUUAGCCGACAACUAACUCCGGAGGACCCCAUUACGAGCAUUUGUAUGCUGUCGUGGGGCUCCGUAGAUGGCGGUGGACAGAUUUUAGUAUUUGACCUCAAUCAGUGGUACAAGGAGCAGUUGCCGGACUACGCAGAGUGGCACGAGGGCAGUACAUUCCUCGCCAUCUUUCCCGUUACCACCGGGCAGCUGUGCAAUGUGUGGCUCGAUGAGAGCACUGUGACGGCAUUUAACAGCAUUCAGCGCCCCGAAGAGCAUUUCUAUCCCAACUCCCUCACAUUUGACUGCAUCUGCGUCACGGAAACAGGCUGUGAUCGAUACCAUUGGCCGGGAUUGCAGAAUAGAGCCCUUGAGAACUUCAUGGCUUAUGGGCCAAAGGCAAUUUUGGACCCAGAUCAGUGCUAUCGCGAAAUGCUGGCGGCUGUCCUCCUGCCACAAUUCACAGAGUUCAAUCACAAAGAGAAUUCCUCCAUCACAGCAAAGCGAGAUCUUCUACUCUCCAUUGCACUGGAGUACAACUGUGUGGGAAUCCUUCGGGAAUGUGCCAAAAUUUGGGCUGAUGGAAGUCACCUUGGGCGUCAGCCGUUCGAGGGGCUUUCCCUGUCAACGCUGACAGAGUGGAUUUGGCAGCGUGUGGGUGCUGUUCAGGAGUGCUGCGAGAAGCUCUGUGAAUGUCUCUUUGAUCUUUCCGGACGCAGCCUCGAUGCACACGGAACAAAGACUCUCGCCCACUGUACACGACAGCUGAGACUACUUGCGGAACUCCUUGAGAUUAUUGUGACUUUCUGUGCGGAGUACAUUCCCCAGGAUGUCCAGGAAACGCUCUCGGAGCAACUGAGAUCAAUGCAAAAGUCCGCGGAUUAUCACGAAGUACUCCAGUGGCUGUUCAAUAUGGGCCUCCUGCCUGAGGGUCAGUGGAAUUCAUCUCCCAAAUCCCUGACGCUGUCAUCGUACAGUCAGGAAACAAUUGACGCCAUUCCGUAUCCCUAUACAAUCCUCAAGGACUUCUAUGACAAGCAGCGAAUGGGAUUUCACAGUUUCACACGGAAAGGAAGCUUCCACACGGGAGAUUGCUCGUGUAGCCUCCUCUACAUUGACACAUUCAUCGAGAGGGAAUGCAGUGGCGCCAUGCUGAGAAAUCUGUGGCGCAAAAGUGGUGGGAAUGGUCUCUAUCCGCCAACAUCGCUGCAGUCAAUGAUUAAAAUUUUCCGUUUAACUGAUUUUCCCGUGGAGAAUAAGUAUGCGUUGUGUAUGUACCUCCUGCUGGACUUGGAUAUGACAAUGAAGAAUGAGGAGAAGUAUGCUGGGAUCAUUAGGAAUCUCAUCAAAUUCCCGGCUGUCUUUAAGAUGAAUACAAGUCUCAUUAAGACAACUCAAGCUUUCUGGAAGCUCGAUCAUGGGGAUCUUGAGGGCGCUCUGGAGGAUUUAGUGUCACCACUGGGGCAGGAUAAGCAUCUCUCACAGUGGCAGAUGGAGCUUCUAAUUGAAUGUCUCCUCGCUCAAGACAAUUUAGGACUGGCUUUGCGUGCUCUUCAAGCUCCAGGCCCGCCAAUUUCACCUCUCCUCGAGAUGCGAACCCUCCUGUCCAAUAAACUAGUCUGCGAAGCAUUUCAGUUGCAAAAAAGUCGCGGAGAUCCCACACUUCUACGUCAUUUCUUCACCAUGUGCUGGGAAAUGAAGCUGAUGGGCAAAAUUCUCAAUCUUGCCCUCACUGAGGCAGAUGGGGAAGUUCUUGGGGAAUUUCUGCGGGAAGUUGAUUGCAAUUUAGCGUCUAAUUUGCAAUUCACCUACCUUCUGCAGCGUUCAAAGUACAUGGAGGCACUGAAACUUGUGGCAGAACUGCAGAGGAAGCAAAUGUGUCAGGGGAAUGUUGAUACGGAAACUGUGGGACUCGUAAUGGAUGCCUACAAUUCCACAAUGACCCCAAGCGUACGGGAUUUAUCGCAAAUGUUCUUUCAGCAGCACAGAAAAUUCCCACCACAUUCAAAGGACCCCGUGCCAUUGAGUAGCAAUCUCAUAAAGCAGAAACGCAGCCUCAGCGGUGGGAUCUAUCAGAAGUCAGCAGCUGCUGUGGAGAAUGCAACACUGUCGUGGCUCUUUCAGGCAAAGUCAACUAAUCAAUUGACAAGUGCCCCAUUUGUGCGGAAACCCAUCCAGGAAUUCCUCCUGAGGCCCGAGAGUAAGAUGGUGUACGCGAGAGCAAUUGAUAGCACACAGAAGAGGAAGAUUGAGAAGGAAUCUCCAGCAAAGGAGGAAGAAUUUGGUGGUGUGAAGAAGAAAUAUCGCUUCGAUGAUCCCACGCGUCAUCUCACACCCUUCCCGCAGAAGACACGAGCUCAUCAGUUUGACAGUGAUCUUCAUCAGCAAGUUAGCAAACUCCAGGAGACAAUUAAAACGCAAAACAGCACAAUUUUCUCCCAGACUUCCCUCAAGUUCUUCGAUGUGGAUUCACCGGCACAAACUCAAACCAAUUUCAUGGUGCAGGACAUUCAGGGAGAGCCACAAGAUGAGCCAAUGGAUGAAUCGGACAUGGAUAGGUCUCCAAUGAAGGGAACAUCCUUCCUAGGAGCAACUCCACGUCCAUCCUUGCGCGAAACUAGUCCCGUAAGCAAAGAACGCUCUCAACAAGACUCCUCAAUUGACGAAUACUUCUCACCGGCAUCCUCGAGGAAUAAUUCGAAAUUAUUUGAUUCCCCCAAAGGAAGAAGAUCCCUCAGAGAUCUCUCUCCAAGUCCCCACAAAAUACAAGAAGAAGUUAAGAGCUCAGUUGAGCUUCUUGUCAGUAGUGCUGAAGCUACAGAAGAAAAACUUCUCCCUCCAUCUGAGCCUGUGCUUUGUGAACUUCCGGAGGAUACAAGUCAAAAGGAAAACAACGCAGAAGAGACUCCCAAUGAAGCACAAACGACAUCUUUCGAAAUUGUCGAAGUUUCUGAAUCAGCUUAUUUGCCAGCAAAACAUUCUCUGCCAGACAUGAGUAUCCCUGCAAUUGUGGUGACAUGUGAGGAUGAUCAAGAGGAAGCAGAUGUUCUGGCAUCAGAUACCUCAAAGGAUUCCUUGAAGAUAGUUGAGGAAGAAGUAUCGGAAUGCAGUGAAGUUGAUGUAGAAGAACAAGAUAAAGAAGUUGAAAGGGAGGAAGAUGAUCAGGAUGAAGAGGAGCAGGAAAGUGAGGAUGAAGAAGAAGUUCAACGACCAGCAAAGAGGAUGCUCCUGAAUCCGGCUGUUCUUGCGCAAAAGAUGAAGUCUCGCGAGGCAAGUGUGAGCUCGUCGGAAGAGGUUGAAGAUGAAAAUAUUGAAGUUGAAGGAGAUGAAGAAGAAGAAGAUGGGGAUGAAGAAGAAGUUGAGGAGGAAGAAGAUGAUGAAGAAGAGGAGAGUGGAUCAGAAGAGAGUGAUGAAGAGGCGGAGAGAGCUGGAAGGACAUACAAGUUUUUUCAUGAAAAUGAUGAUAAGCUAGAGAAGGAAGAAGAAGAUGACGAGGAUGACGAAGAGGAGGAAGCUGAAGACGAUGGGGCGGAAGAUGAAGAGAUUGAAAUUGAAGAAGAUGAGGAAGAACGUAUAAAUGAGUCAAGGAUACCACCUCGAAAGCCAAUAGUUAGUAAUGAAGUAAUUGAUAUCCUGGACAGUUCAGAUGAUGAAGUUCCAACUCCGCAGGAAGUCAAGCCAGUCGCUGCAGUGCUUCCAAGUUUAAUGAGGAAGAAAUCUGUGAUGCUGGAUAUAGGAAUUGAUGUGUCUCCCCUGAAGAACUCACCACUAAGACAGCCUGGACCAUCAAAGGUUACUUCUGAUGAUCUCUAUGGGAAUCUGGAGAUUCAGGAGGACUCUCAGUAUGGCAAUGAUGAGCUGAAUGAUGCUCUGAUGUUUGAACAAUCAUCUGCAACACAGGGAGAACCAGAUGAAGCGAUGGAAGUCACAGAAAUGGAAGAGAGUGAGCAUAACAAAGGUGCUCUCAUGACUACAGUGUUCUCUCACGAAGCAGCUACUUUUGAAGUGAGAGAACUCGAUGAGCCAAUGGAGGAAGAUGAGCAAGAAUCCGUGGAAAUUCACAAUAAGGCAGCACUCAUGACGACAGUCUUUUCCCAUGAGAUUGAGCACACUGAUGAACCAUCAGCAGUGGAUGUUCUCAAUACAGGAGCCAUCAUUUCAACAGUUUAUCCUGGAGAAGAAGUUCCUGCAAAUAUCUUCCACUCAGAUCCACCAUCCAUGGCGGAAGAAUCCAGUCUGAAUGUGAUGGAGAAAGGAAUCAUCUACGACGAGGGGGAUGAUGCUGAAAUUUCUUUUAAAUCCUGUGAUGAAUCUUUCAGUAAGUCAAAUGAGAAAAUUGAUUUACAAACUGAAAAUGACGUCAAGGAACCUUCCGCGGAUCAGCAAGUCACUGAGGUGAUCAAGGCUCAAGAAGAGAUCCAAGAAAAUUUCCAGGAAUCCAGAGAACAAGAUGAAAAAGAACCGAAAUUAUCUGAAGCUCAGCAAAUUCCGGAUGCAAAGAUAGAGGAAUCCUCUGAAGUUGAUCACGUUGCUGCAAUGCCCCAAAAAUCUACAGAAGAAUCUCUCACAACAGAUGCAGCUCCAUCUAAUAAUCCUCCUGCUCUUGAAUCAGAGAAAAUUUCUUCAUCUUCUGCUGAACAAGAACCUCCCAAAGAAUUGAUUGAGAGCACAACUGAGGCUGAUUCACAUGAAAAUGAAAGCCAAGAAGAGAGGCAGGAAGUUGUGGAAAUUAUUCCUCCACCCAAGUUUGCCUAUUUAACAACGGACACACAUCCUGAUAAAGAGGAGGCUCAAGAAGUUCCUACAGAAGAGAAACCUGGAGAAAAUGUUUUGAAAGAAAAUGAAAAUAAAUCGAAGGAAAUUGAAGAAAAAACUUCUCAUCAAAUCGAAGAAAGCACUGAAGUGAGAAAAAACAAAAGCAAAUCUGCAAAAGGAAUUAAGAGAUCCGCAUCUACUGAAGAUCAGCAAUCAGCAGGAGUGCCCAAAAGGAUAACUAGAGCUACAUCCGUGCCUAAGAUGUCGACAAUUGAGGAGGAGAACCUCAUGGAGAUGGAAGAGAAGACUCCAGCGAAGAAGAGAAGAAAUUCCCGAGCUGCAUCUGAGGCAAAAGAUACUCCGCGCCCCAUGGGAAUGCUCACAAGACGUAAAUCUAUGCUUCUGGAGAAUUCUGAGAAUGAGGGUACACCAACUCCGAAGGCUCGAAUUACGCAAAGACGUUCAAGCGUCCUGGUAGAAGAGCGAGAAGCAACACCACGCUCAACAAGAGCUCGUUCAAAGCCAUUGGAAAUUCUUCCGGAGACAAAGAACACACCCAGGAAGCGUCGGGCACAGAGUGAAGAUCCCCAGGAGGGUAAGGAUGCUGCUCAGGCAUCACGGCAGACGCGAUCACGCUCUACUACGCCGCUGCCGAUGUCUCCGGUUCCGGAAGAGGAUACUCCAAAGACAAAGAAGAGGCCUCGUUCACGAUUGGCCUCCACAUCUUCCGUGGAUGUUGCUGAUGGGGAUACCCCAUCAAAGAAUCUUCGCAGCAGGAAGCGCUCAGUGGAUGAGAGUUCAGUCGAUGAUGCAAAAUCAGAGAGAAGCUUUGUGGGGAGAAAGUCUCGCAACAUUAGGGGUGCAUCGAAGCCACCAGUGGAGCCUGAUAUUCAGGAAGAGGAGACUGAGGAGGCGAGUCUUGCUUAUUCAGAGACACGACGUCUGACCCGAAGCCAGCUAGCUGUUCUCGAGAAGGUCUCCAAGGGAACCAAGGCUACUGAACCCAAAGCUCCAAAACGUGCCAAACGGGCUAGUCGUGCUGAUGAGAGCAGUGACCAUGAGUCAGUGAUGAGUGAGAAAUCAACACCGGAAUCCAUUAAAUCCAAGGGAAGUCGUACUUCCAAGUCAACCAGGGGCAAGAGAGGAAUGAGUGUUGAGUCAACAAGUAGUGCUGGAAGCAAGACUCGAGGACGACGAGGCAAAGCUACAGCCACCACUGAUACUUCUCCCGCAAAGGAGGACAAUGCGCCAGGAAGGAAUCUGAGGAAGAAGAAAUAAGUUUCUGACUUUCAAUUACUUUCAUUCAUCGUUCUCUAAAUUUUUCGUUUUCUUAUUUAAUUUUGGAAUAUUUCCCAAAUUGAACUUUUUUGUU